CGCAACGUGGGGGGGAAGGGUACCACGUAAGAUAGUCCCGCCGGCGCGUCUGUCGCCUCACAUGCCCAAGGUCUCGACAGUGUUUGUUUUAGGCUGUAUCUAUGCUUCAUAUUCAAGACUUAGAUCGCGGCCUUGGCUGUAGUAUCUGCUUCAAAGAAAUGGAUUGAGCUCGUAGCACGCUUGCACAUGUCGGCUGUGACUGUCCUGAUCGCCGCAGGGAGUCCAGGGGAAUCCCACCUUCUCCCAGCCCACCAUCUGUACACCGUCUCAACCUCCGAAGUACUUCCUCUUGCUCAACACACAUCUGCAGGGUCAAACAAAUUGGCACGUGCCCAUCUGGGCUGCUGUCCCGCAUUGUAAUAAAGACGUGGUGAGUACCCAUCUAACCUCCCGCCAACGGCAUCUGGCAAUAUCCUCCCCUUGAGCCUUAGCAUGGGUCCCACCCUCUUCUCCGAUGGCCUUCCUACUUCCCUGGCGGACCUCCUCUCCAACACCUUGAUCCUGCGCCAAACUGCUCCCUACCUCCCAGUGUCCUCCCUCCGCAACCUGUCAAGGACAUCCAAAGCUCUCCACCACGUCAUUUACCAAUCACCCGAAGCCUUCCGCUACCUCGACCUCUCUCCUGUCAAGUCGGCCGUUGUUCCUAUCGAUGGACCCCUCGAUGUCGGUGGUAUCAGCUGGCGUACUGAGCGCAUGGACGAGGCCCUCUCCGAAGACGACUUCUAUUCUGGCCCACUUCGAGGCAUCUUCUCUAGGCUCGACAAGUUCAAGGUUCUACGCAAUGUACACACAUUGGUACUCGACGGCCUUAGUGUGACGGCCGAACUCGUGAAGGAGCUUCUCACCGAAGAGCGAUACAACGUGCGCAUCCUCUCUAUCCGGGAGGUCAAGCAUCUGAAUGAGAGGAAGCUUCAGCAGUAUCUGAGAUAUGCAGUCCGCCCUUCGAGGCGCGCGGGAACACCUCGAGUCAAGGGUAUCUACCUCUUCGGACCGCGCGACCCUACGCCGCUCCCUGCAUCACCUACGACAAAGGAGCCUGCUACAGCUGCCUCCCGAGGCUUCAUGUCUUCACAGGGAGCUCAGAUCAGUGCUGAGUGGAACCAAAAGUCAACAGAGGCAUUGAAUGCUGCGCUGGCGCGGGUCGAGGACAAGUGGUAUCAGUCUUCCGGGAAGAUGACAUCAAAGAGGCCAUCUCCAGAGUGGGCAGAGAUUCUUCAAGCAUGCGAAGGCAUCAUUGCCUUCGAUGCCGUUCUUUGCAGAGGCCCACGCCACGAUCCAAGCAAAGCGUACGUCAGAGAAGGGAUCGCUGAUGGUCAUUUGCAUCCUGCUUCGUUCCUCAGGCCUACGAUUGCGACGGUCGCGCUGGGAUCAGCUGGUUGCGAGUCUUGUCACUCUUGUCCUGAGGGCCCAGCAGUGUUUGGAUACUCUGCAACGUCUCAGUUCCCUCUUCUUAGCCCAGUUCCACUCCAUGGAAGCUCCGUUCGCGCUGCACAAAUACCACACACGGUGGAUGGGUCCCCACCGCCAGCCUUAUACGUACGAUGCGAGGACUGUCUCAAGGGCCGCUGGUGUGAGAGGUGCCACAAAUGGUGGGACGAGGACUGUUAUGCCGGAUCGAUUAUCGCUCAGCGUACGGAAUUACAACAGACUGAGCUUACGGAGAGCCUCCAAACCAAUGGGACUAGCCAUCUCAUUCCAAAGCAAACCAUCAAGGUACAUAACUGCCUGGCCGAAGAGAUGAUGAAAGGCUCAGGGAGCAACGGAAUGUGGGAAUGAAAGGAUUUACCUUGGCGCGCGAGGGGCGCUGGUCCCACCAUGAGGCCGUUACGAUGUAGUUGGAUUCCGGAAACCAGUCGUCCUGACUGGCCGUGGAGCCUGGCUAUUGGAUAACUGCACCUGGAAACCAGGCACUUGCGCGCCAAGGUAUGUGCUCAUUCUGUCAAGUAGAAAUUUGCUGACGCGAACAAACGCAGAUUAUCGGAGUAAGACGCGACUGCUUUGGCUGUGGCCACACAGUACGAUAUGAACAUACCCUCUCAAAUCAUGCAAUCUAAUGUCUGAUAGUGCAUAAGCUGUAAAGAACUCUUCAUUCGGGCGUGUACGAAAUGCCGAAACGAGUACUGCCGCGAAGACAAUGAUGCUUCAUCUGCAACUA